AUGUCUUCGCACACGACAGCGCCUAUUUCUGAGCCAUCAGCUUCGGGAGACAAUGCCAUCAUCGAUUCGCAAUGGCUACUUCUUGGCCAACCGAUUGGCGAGGGAGGUUCAAGGGCAACAGUUUUCCAUGCAGAGUACACCUAUGCAUACCAAAAGAAGAUGAGUGUGGCCGUGAAGAAAUGGCGACUUGCAGGCAAGGAUGGCAAGCGUGUGUCACCACGGUCCUUGACAACAACACGUGCUAGCUUCAUCACGGAGCUAGCGCAUCUGAAAGCCUUUCGGCAUCCGAACAUUAUAGAUCUAUACGGCUGGAACCCUGAACCGAAGGAUGAUGAGGAUUCGUUCUACAUCGUGAUGGAGUUUGCCGCAUUAGGGUCUCUGAGCACGUGCCUUUCGACACGAAGGGAAGAGUUUUCCUGGCACAAGCUCGGCCUCCGGACAUGUCUGCACGUGUGCCGCGCCUUGGAGUACAUACAUUCCAAGAACAGGGCGCAUUUUGAUGUGAAGCCUUCCAACGUACUUAUCUUCAGUGACAACGUGGCAAAACUUGCCGACUUUGGUCUGGCAAAGUCAGUCUUUGAGUCUAGCACAAAUCAAGCUAGUUGCACGACCGAGUAUGCUGCUCCGGAGAUUCUGGAAGCUAAGAAGGGCAGCAAGCGUAGUGACAUCUUUAGUUUUGGAUUGCUGCUUAGAGUGGUCUACAACCAGGAUACAUCAAAUCCGCGUGCCAUGCAGCUGGCUGGAGAUUGCCCAGAAAGUCUGAGCGACAUGGUCACAAGGUGUCUGUCUCCCAAACCAGCAGAUCGACCAAUGUCAAAAAACUUGGUGCUCUCACUGCAAUAUAUGGCAGGGGUGCAGCUGCAUUCGCACAGCCCGGUUGCAAGUCGAGAUGCAGAUGGCCUGGCCGAUGCCGUGACAGAUGGGUAUGAGGCCCUUUUAUCAAGCAGCGAGUAUGAUCUUCCCCACACUCCGGUUGGAUGUUUGGGUGCUUGUUGCCGCUCAUUGUGGCAGCGCUCUUCUAGACCGCCAUAUGUGGAGACUGAAUUGGAAAACAUGCGUACCCUGCAACUUGAGAGCUUCGGCGCUCGUGGUCGCUCACUUCAGCUGCGAAGACGCUGCGUUUUGCUCGUAGUCUGUUCGCUGCUGCUACUUGUCCUGGCAUGGUGUAUUUGGGCCAGUGUUUCGCGAACGGCAGUACCGCUGGUUCCACCAGCGUUGGGGAGUACAACAACGGUGACGGCAACAACCCAGACGACAACUUCCACAAGAACUGCUACGACUUUGACAGCAACAACUGCGACAGCCACGACAACUCUCAGGACUCUGUGCUUAGCUGGUGUAAUUCACAAUUUGGGACCGAAGGUCCCAUGUGACACAUGUUUCAAGCCUGAGCCUGAUGAUUUGGCAAGAUUACAAAACAAUAUUUCUUUGCUGCAACAAGCUAGCCGUCUGCCUCCCAGUCUCACGGGUCUGACGGGCGCACCGGCUCCAUGGGUAUAUGGUAUCCUGGGCAAACCUGAGAAUGACAGUCUGACUUCUGGGUAUGAGGAGUAUGUGCAGGACCUUUCACGCUUGCAGCUCACAGGCACUUAUGCCAUCGUGUGGAAACUAGAUGGGAGCUCGUUGCAAAGCUUGACGCGGGAUUUGCGGAGUUUGCUUCGCGCGCUGGAUCCAGCUCACCAUGCCACACGCACGGUGAGACAUGCCUUCCACAACAUCACAAUGUCGAAACUGGGAGAGCUGGAUAUGUUUCUAUUAAAUUCAGGCAUUCUUGAUCUUGGCGUGGAAAUUGGCGUGGGAUCGACGAGGACUUGUGUUUUCGGCCGACCCAAGGCAGAUGGCCUCAUACCAAGGUGGAACAAGGAAAACCCCAACCAGGCGCUGCUGGAAGGCGACUACAUAACCGACAUCAAUGGAUUGGGAGUAAUAUCCGUGCCACAAUCAGCGAUUGGCUCUAAACGAUCCUUUCCGAGUCUUUGCCCGGACUUGCUGAAGGACUUAUUUCGAACUGGGCGAAGCACGAAUUUCACAGUUUGCCGUUCAGCAUCACGGUUCAAAUUCUACCACGGAGAAGAGGGGCAUGGUCCGACGUGGUGUGGUGGCAUGACAGACUGGGAUCUGACACCAGAAGUUCUCGAAGCUUUAGGCGGACAGCUGAGCCUAUGCGGUCCUUGGCUCCUCCUUCUAACCAACAUGACACAUGAUGUCUUUGAUGCGCUUUUCUCGAUGAUUUUGCCUGCUUUCGCGACGCCUGCCGGAAGCGGGGUAAUCUUCAACGCGCCAGAUAUGUAUGCUUUCAAGUUGGAAAUAUGGAGUGCCACUUGUGUGUGCACAUCAAAAUCAACAUCGAUGUAUACCAAUUGCAUCCAGCCGAGUGGCUGGACGAGAUCUUGUAAUCAUCAUUGGCGUGAUGUGCAGCUUGGAGGCAUUUUUUGCCCAGGGCCUACGAACCCCUUUGGGCAACCUUGUGGCCCGCAUGCUGGGUUUCGGUAG